CUAGACAUGUAAAUGCAGUAGCAAAUUUCUGAGAGUUGGGAGGUGGCUGUUAUUCAGAAUUCAGAAGGAGAAUCAACAAUGCUGUAUGCAACAAGGUUUAGGUAUUCUGUUCGUCAAAUCCCUAAUCUUGUUCCACUCUCUACUCUCCCUCCUUCCUGUUCCUGUUCAUGGACAAGCCUUCACUUUCAUUCUGAGCCUCCAUCCCUUCGUGAAGUUGACGAUGCUGUUGAUUCCUUCACUCGCAUGGUCUCUAUGCGUCGCCCUCCAUCCAUCAUCCAAUUCACCAAGAUUUUGGGAUCUCUUGCCAAGACGAAGCAUUUCCACGCCGCCGUUUCCCUUUUUCAGCAAUUGCAAGUCAGGGGAAUCGCGCCCAGCAUAGUUACUUUGAGCAUCGUAAUUAAUUGUUGUUGCGGCAUGGGUCGUAUGACGCUUGCUUUUUCUGUAUUGGCCAAGAUUUUCAGAAUGGAUUAUCAACCUAAUACGGUAACAUUGACAACAAUCCUGAAAGGUCUCUGUCUCUGUGGUAGUGUUGAAAAAGCAGUGCGCUUUCAUGACAGAGUGCUGGCUCAUGGAUUUCGCUUUAAUGAAGUCACUUAUGGGACCUUGAUUAAUGGGCUCUGUAAGACCGGACACACAUCAGCUGCUAUUCAAGUGUUGAGAAAGAUCCCACGUUCUCUCAUUUUUGGAUUGUGUCUUGAGGGUCAAUACAAGGAAGCCAUUGAUUUGUUAAGUGAUAUGGUGCUUAGAAACAUUACUCCUAAUGUUUAUACCUAUAAUACUUUGAUUGAUGGGCUAUGCAAGGAAGGAAAGAUCAAAGAUGCUAAGAGUGUGUUGGCUGUAAUGACAAAAGAUGGUGUGAAACUAGAUGUGGUUACUUAUAACAGCUUAAUGGAUGGAUAUUGUUUGGUUAAUGAGGUAAAUAAGGCAAAAUAUGUAUUCAACACAAUGGCCCAGAGUAGAGUGUCUCCUGAUGUUUGGACUUAUAAUAUUAUGAUUAAUGGCUUUUGUAAAAGUAAAAUGGUUGAUGAUGCCUUGAAUCUCUUUGAAGAGAUGCGUCACAAGAACUUGGUUCCAAAUACUAUAACUUUUAGUAUUCUUAUUGAUGGCUUGUGCAAAUCAGGGAGAAUAUCUUGUGCUUCCUUACUUCUUGUUGAGAUGCAUGAUAAAGGUCAACCUGCUAAUAUAAUCACAUACAGUUCCUUUCUUGAUGCUUUAUGCAAAAACCAUCAUGUUGACAAAGCACUUGUUUUAUUCAACACGAUUAAAGAUCAAGGCAUUCGCCCAAAUAUAUGGUCAUACAACAUACUUAUUGAUGGUUUGUGCAAAAGUGGAAGACUUAAAAAUGCAAAAGAGAUAUUUCAAGAUCUUUCCAUUGAAGGCUAUCAUCCUGAUGUGUGGACAUACACCAUUAUGAUCAAUGGGCUUUGCAAAGAGGGCCUGCCUCAUGAAGCAUUGGCUUUCUUGUCAAAAAUGGAAGACAACGGUUGCUUACCAGAUGCUGUGACUUAUGAAAUAAUCAUUCGUGCUCUGUUUGAAAAAGGUGAAAAUGAUAACGCGGAGAAACUUCUUCGUGAAAUGAUAUCUAGAGGCCUAUUGCAAGGAUAAAAGUAGGUGAGAUUGUUCUUGUUAGACAUCAUAAAAUGUUGUUUGUAUCACUUUCUUUUUAACUUGUGUUUUGUUACCUUCUUCCUAAUCAUCUAUCCAUUCCAUAUUAUUGAUGCUUCUGUUUCUUUCUCUACAUGAUGGUGAUUCUUUGUUGUGUUUAGCUACACUUGGAUAUUUUCAGUCAUUGCUUAUUUUAUGGCUUUUUGUGUCAAGGUGGUUGUCACAUGUGUCUUGUGGGGAUAUAUUGUUAUUUCCUUUUUUAUUAUAUUUGUGCUUUGAUGUUAAGUUAUUCCUAACUAAGUUUGUUUUGAUUUCCUCGUUCAAAGAGAAUCACUUGUUAAGUUUCUCUACACUCUUGUUAUUGUCUUUCAUUCUUUCAUUUUCCCAUGCAGCAAUAUACUUGCUGAUGUAGCCAUCUAAUGUAUUUUGGAUAAUGUUUCCAAAAUUAUUUUGCAAACAUCUUCUCAUUUUCUGUGUUCAUGCAGUUGCCUUGCCCUAUAAGGCUGUACCUGAGGCAUAUUGUACAAAUGCGAUUAACUUUAACAAAACAAGAUCAUUAAUUUUCUUCUCAUAAUAGAAUAAAUAAAUGUUUGAAGGGGAGCCUUGUUGUAACGGUUGAGUUGUCUCCGUGUGACCUCAAGGUCACAGGUUCAAGCCGUGGAAAUAGCCACUGAUGUAAUUAUCAGGUUAUAGAAUAAAUGAAUGUUUCUUUUGAUUCAAGGUCCAAAUAUCCGUGGCUAACAAAAAUCAAGCUUUGAUUGAGCUACUACUUGGCAUAUAUGAGACCGUUUGCUUCCUAAUAUUUAAUGUAUGUGUCCACUUUAUAUGAAGCUUCAUCCAACUUUUUCACAUUCCGGUUAUUCUAUAUUUAUUAUUUUAUUUUGAUCUGAUAACUGCAUCUUAUCAUUUAUAGAUAGAAAUGCAGAAUUAGAGACAAGAACCUGAUUCGCAUGUUUAUCUGUAGUUUUUUUUUUCCCUCAAGUAUUUCAUAGUUUACUGUUAGAUUCUGACAUUUCAAUUUGCUAAUUGGACUUUCCAAAACUAUGUAGUCAUUCAAAUAAAUUGUAACAAUAUUUGGCUGUACUGUUAAACUGCUCGAGUAUUAGAUGCCAGUAAGUGUAAAAUAAUCAUGUUCCUCUUUUCUUUCUUUUAAAUUGUUGCUGUCAUUUAUGAAAAGUUUGUUAUUUUCAAAA